UACCUCCUAGUGACUAGUGAUUGAUUCUUAAAUUAUAGAAAUCCCACCACAGAUUGUUGCUUUCCUUCCCAAAUAUUCUGAGAGAUGUUAAGCUUCUGAAUCACAAUAAGCUGUAUGUUUUCUCUUUCAGUCUGGACUCAGGAGUGGAGGUAAGCCUGUCCCUUAACUAUCUUUAAAUUUCAUUACCACCUCCUGUGACUACAAGAAUAUUAUUAUUGUUUGUGAGUAUUUUCUGAGACAAACUUUGACCUCAGAUUACUGAGUGGUUGCGUAAUUUUUUUUUGCUCUGUUGUAUAUGAAUUAGUGGUUUUUGUUUCUCAGUAUUUUGUUUGAAUCUACGAGUAUAAGUUUGUUCUAGGUUUUGAUCUUGUCCGUAUUUUCUCAGUAUUGAGUUUUAGGGUAGCCAAACUCAUGGAUCAAAAUCAUCAUACUUUUAGUAGCAGUAGUAGUAAUAGUGGUAGUACCGAUACAUCAUCAUCUUCAAAUGUAAGCCAAGAGGAGGAGUUUGAUUUUUCUGAUGUGGUUCUCCACUACAUAAACCAGAUGCUUAUGGAAGAGAACAAUGAUGAGAACAAUCUCGUGUUCCAAGAAGACUAUUUAGCUCUUCAAUCUGCAGAAAAACCCUUUUAUGAUAUCCUCGGCCAGAUGUACCCCACUGAUUGCAACCCUGAAGUUCAAAUUGAUAACUUCACUCAUUACAAUAGUAGUAAGAAUGCAGUUGAAACUAAUUGGAUUGAUGAACUUGGUGUGUAUGAAUCUUUGUUCGACAUCGGAAGUGUUCCCAGUGAUUAUACUUUUCAGGCGGAUCAGACGGCUCCUCAAUUGUCUCACGACCCUUCAAACAGUUUCAAUUCUGUUGUAGGGGGACUGGUGGAGUCAGGGCUGGGUAAGGUUCAGGUUCCUGAUGUGGAUUCAGAGUCUGAACCCAUUUGGCAGUUCAGAAAAGGUGUGGAAGCAAAUAAAUUUCAUUCAGAUGAUAAUAACCUGAUUAUUAACCUGGAGCACAAUGAACUUAUUUACGUCGAAAGAAAGAAAGAAGCCAGUGAAGCUGCUGAUGUUGUAGUUCCGUUGGACAAGGAUGUGCAGAAGAUUUCCCCAUACAGGUCGAGAGGAAAGAAAAAUGUGCACAGGGAAGAUAUAGAUUUAGAAGGGAAGAGUAAUAAGCAGUUGGCGGCAGUACAGACAGCAAUGUUUGAUAUGGUGUUGAUCAGUGAUGAUGAAAAAGGGAAGAAGGCGGAUUCAAUUCUUCGCGAAUCCCUGAAAAUUGAAACAAGAAAAAACUUGCACCAAAAUGGUGGAAGAAGGUCCCAUGGUAAGAAACAGACCGGCAAAAAGGACGUGGUGGUGGAUUUGCAGACCCUACUCAUUCAUUGUGCACAAGCUGUUUCUGCUGGUGAUAGUAGGACUGCUAGCGAACUAUUGAAGCAGCUUACACAACAUUCUUCUCCUUACGGAGAUGGUUCACAAAGGGUGGCUCAUUACUUUGCUGAUGGUCUGGAGGCACGUUUGGCUGGAUACGGGAGCCAGAUUUACUCAACUCUCCCCCGCAAGCCACCAUCAGCUGCUGAUUUGCUGAAAGCUUAUCAGCUCUUUAUGGUGACAUUCCCGUUCCUGAAGAUAUCAUAUUUCUUUGCUAACCAGACAAUCGGUUCUCUGGCGGAAAAUGCUAAUACUCUCCACAUUAUAGAUUUCGGCAUCAUAUAUGGUUUCCAAUGGCCUUGCCUUAUGCAACGCCUAUCGAAAAGAAAGGGUGGCCCACCUAAACUCAGGAUUACGGGGAUAGGAUUACCCGAACCUGGUUUCCGUCCAGCUGAAAGAGUUGAAGAAACUGGUCGUCGUUUAAGAGAUUAUGCCAAAGAACUCAAUGUCCCAUUCGAGUACCAUGGCAUUGCUCAGAAAUGGGAAACCAUUCAACUGGAGGAUCUCAAGAUCAAUACAGAUGAACUCCUUGUUGCCAACUGUAUGUAUCAUGGUAAGAACUUACUUGAUGAGAGUGUGAUAUUGGACAGUCCAAGGGAUGCUGUUCUGGAACUGAUAAGGAAGAUGAAUCCUAAAGUUUUCGUCCAAGCAAUUUUGAAUGGUACCUAUAAUUCCCCAUUCUUUGUUUCACGGUUCCGGGAUGCUCUCUUUCACUUUUCUUCUUUGUUUGAUGUGCUUGACACAAUUGUCCCCCGUGAAAAUCCUGAGAGGAUGAUCAUUGAAAGAGAUUUCUUUUCGAAGGAGGCUUUCAACAUCAUAGCAUGCGAGGGAUCAGAGAGGAUUGAAAGGCCAGAGACUUAUAAGCAAUGGCAGUCAAGGAAUAUGAAGGCUGGGUUCAUGCAACUCCCACUGAACACGGAUAUCAUGAAGAAGGCGAAAAAGCAAGCAAUAUCAGACUACCAUAAGGAUUUUGUUGUAGAUGAAGAUAGCCGGUGGUUGCUGCUAGGAUGGAAGGGAAAAAUCCUCUUUGCCAUUUCUUCUUGGAGGCCAAUGUAAGACUUCUUAUUUUUGUAACUCUAAUAAUCUGUGCUCUUCUCCUCGAGUAAUACUUCUGUGUUAGACACGUAUAACGAAUAUAUAUGUAAGUUGAACAAAUCAAAUGUGGAAAAGGGUAAUUAAUUCAUACCUUAUAAUCGUUCC